UGCUGCUGCUACUGUGUAUAUAUAAACUUCCUACACCAGCCUCUCCCACAGUCUUGCCUUCACUACCAGCACCAUGGCAGUCUUGAGCAGCUUGAUCCUGGUGCUCUCAGCUCUCACCCUCAGCUGUGAAGCUGGGGUCUUCGGUGUGGCUAACAUUAUGAACCGGAGGUAUCCCAACGGACCCGUCGAGUUUCAUACCAUGAAGGUCCCUAUCUUCCGACCCACCACUCGCCCACUCGACCAGCCUGUCGCCAACCCACUCGACCAACCUAUCGCCAACCCUCUUGACCAGCCUGUCGCCAGCCCACUAGACGAGCCUAUCGCCAACCCACUUGACCAACCCAUCGUUGCUGAUCGUUCCAGCUCCGCUGAUCACUUCGGUGUGAAGACUGUCUAUCACCCCGUUACGAAGGUGAAGCCCGGCAGAUGGUGGACGUUCCAGAGUGACAGACCGUACUCCCAAAACUCUUACUAUUGGAAGUAACCCAAAUCUUGUGUUUUCUACGUCCAUUCUGCCCAACUGGGAACCCCAGUUUGAAAAAGUCAUAUUGCUUGACUUUACUGGGUUACCCUAGGCUUAAUUCUACCUAAUUUACUAUGUAAAAAUCGCGUUGAAAUACUCAACUUAUGGUUUGAUAUUAAAAUAAAAAUUUACAUAAGUUA